AAACUCCCCAGGCCAGGCACAUCGCACCCACCCCUUCAGCAUGGAGAGCCAGCGGCUGUCCUCCUAUGGCCGCCGCUUCGGCCCUGCCACCCCGGUGUACCGGGUGCUCCCCGCCAGCCCCCCAGCCCGGCUCCGGGCCCCCCGCAGCACCCAGCCGGGUCCCCGCGUGGGUGCCCGCCUGGGGUCGGGCAAGAUGGACUUCUCACUGGCCGCGGCGCUCAACUCAGAGUUCAGGGAGACGCGCACCAACGAGAAGGUGGAGAUGAUGGAGCUCAACGACCGCUUCGCCAGCUACAUCGAGAAGGUCCGGCUCCUGGAGCAGCAGAACAAGGUGCUGGUAGUGGAGCUGAACCAGGUACGGGACCAGGAGCCCUCGCAUCUGGCCGACGUCUACCAGGAGGAGCUGCGUGACCUGCGGCGCCACGUGGAGCAGUUGGCUACCGCCAAGGCCCGUCUGGAGAUCGAGAGGGACAACCUCACUGAGGACCUCGGCAGGCUCCAGCAGAAGCUGCAGGACGAGGUCACCCUGCGGCUGGAGGCCGAGAGCAACCUGGCUGCCUACAGGCAGGACGUGGAUGCCGCUGCCUUGGCUCGCCUGGACCUGGAGCGGCGGGUGGGGACCCUGCAGGAUGAGAUCGCCUUCCUCCGCAAGGUCCAUGAGGAGGAGCUGCGGGAGCUGCAGGAGCAGCUUGCCCGGCAGCGGGUGCACAUUGAGGUGGACACGAGCAAGCCGGACCUGACGGCCGCCUUGCGUGACAUCCGCAGCCAGUACGAGGCCAUGGCCGCCAGCAACGUCCAGGAGACGGAGGAGUGGUACAAGUCCAAGUUUGCAGACCUGACGGAUGCAGCCGCCCGGCACGCGGAGGCCCUGCGCGCAGCCAAGCAGGAGGCCAACGAGUACAGGCGCCAGCUCCAGGCCCUCACCUGCGACCUGGAGGCUCUGCGGGGUUCGAACGAGUCCCUGGAGAGGCAGCUGCGGGAGCUGGAGGAGCGCUACGCCCUGGAGACGGCCGGCUACCAGGACACGGUGGUGCGGCUGGAGGAGGACAUCCGCAGCCUCAAGGAGGAGAUGGCCCGGCACCUGCAGGAGUACCAGGAUCUGCUCAACGUCAAGCUGGCCCUCGACAUUGAGAUUGCCACAUACCGCAAGCUGCUGGAGGGCGAGGAAAGCAGGAUCACUAUCCCUGUGCAGAGCUUCUCCAACCUGCAGAUCCGAGAGACCAGCCUGGACGCUAAAUCUGUGUCAGAAGCCCAUCUGAAGAGGAGCAUCGUGGUCAAAACCGUGGAGACCAGAGAUGGAGAGGUGAUCAAGGAGUCCAAGCAGGAGCACAAGGAGGUGGCAUAGGGCGGGCAAGCCACAGCAGCCACACGCUUGUAGCCGUAGCUCCGUAGGUCCCGUCCGAUGCUGCGAGGGAGCCCCACGGCCAGGCAUGGGUUGCGGGAGAAGCCGGCGGUGCUUUGUCAGGGACCAUCUCCCUCUCAUCGACCGCUCGCCUAUCCCACGUCGCCCCGUGCCCCAGGGACCCCACUGACACCCUGUUUAGGGCUGGCUGCCAGCAAAGCAGCUGUCUGACCGGGCACUGUGUGGGGAGGGGAUGGGCAAUACCCGGGGGAGCUGAGCGGUACCGGCCAGAGCCGAGCUCCCUUGCCGGGAUGCUACCACAUUCCCACGGCACGGAGGGGCCAGUGGUUUUGGGGUCGUGCCCACGCCCACCCUGGGUCUCUGGCUCGCCAAUGGCCAGGGAGAGAGUCAGUCCUGUUCCAAUCUCCAUGCACUGGUCGGACAAGACGGUGGUGCCAAGAGCAUUUCUCCCUGCAUCUCACCUUGCUGCCCUCUCUCUGGUCUGGGAGGCCACCCUGAAUCUCCCCAGUGCACCCAGCCCCUGAGCACCCUUGGGGUGGGAGGCUGCAGGGUGCCAGGUAGCAGCUGGUGAGGGAUAUUUCCCCAUCACCAAGCAUUGGGUGGGCUUAGCCAAGAGGCACGGGCAGGAGGAAGGGGAAGAUGGAGAGGCAGGGUGCUGUCGGGAUGGUGUCAAAGGGUGAUGAGAUGGGGAUAAUGAGGGGUUCCUGGGGACACUGGGGUGUCCAGGGUGGUUUGUGGGGCCAGAGCAGUGGUGGGCACAGCAGGCUGGGUGGCCUCAAGGGUUUCUCCUGGCACAGAGCUAUGGGGCUGUCCUGACCCCCACUGGGUGCCUGCCACCAAGGUGUCCCCAUCACCGUGGUGGGGAAAAACAGUCCUGAGGGGCUCGUGGUGAGGGGCGACCCACAGCCGUGCACCUGGCCCCUCACCUGGAGGGGUCCCACGCAGGUGAAAAUGGAGAGGAGGGGAGUGCAGAGAAGGAGGAAGGAGGAGGAGGGUGUCGGGGCACCCGCGGGUGUUCUUACAGUAGGAGGUGCCUCCUGCGCUCCAGGAGUGACGGGGAAGGACAAACAGAGCCAUCUUAAUUCUGCCUGUCCCACCUGGGGCCACACUAGGAACCAGGGGGACUGGGGACAGGGGCUGUCCCUGGUCACAAUCCCUGCCACGCAUGGAGCCCAAGCCCACCCUCCGCAUGGGCAUUCAAGAUGGGGUUGGAAGAAAUCCCUUGUUCCUGGGCUCCGCGUGGCCCUGUCCCCCAUCUAUCCUCCCGUGCUCCCCCCGGACCGGCACAUGCCACCGGCCCACCCAGGACCAUUGCCGAGCCUGGUGCUUGCCCGCAGCCCCUGUCCCCACCUUCGAUUUAGCUACUGACCCCAAGCGAAACCUGCCCUGAUGCCACCUAACAUAGGAGCAACGACCCAGCGGCAAUUCCUGUACCUCGUAAGCCCUUUGGGAUGAGCACAUGGGAUGCUACUUGGAUGCCAUCCCUCCUGUCCCCUCUGUCCCCCUCAUCGCCUGGCUCAGGUGCUCAGCAUGCUUUGCAGCUACCGACUCCAGAAUGGCCAGUCCCGGGGGCAGGAGAUGUCAUAGGAAACCUGGGUGCUGCCCAGGUUUGGCAUCCAGAGUGGGAUGGCAGUGGCCCAGGGGGCUUGGUCCCCCUGCGAGCAGCCUCCGGCUGGAGCUUUGCAGCCCACGUUGCUACUGAAUUAAUGCACUAACGCCUGCAGCAGCUUGAGAUGAGAAAUAAAGCUAAUGCAAGUGCUGUGCUUCCA